AUGCCAAAAAGAAGUCUGAUCGUUAGAACUAAAAAGGCAGCCCAGACAAAACAAGGUCGAUCUCCAAAUGUUAGUGCUGAAUGUAGAUCAAAACGUCUUGCUAGCAAAGAAAGUCAAAAUAUAGCUAUAACUGAUUUGCAAGAGCUAUUAAGCACCGCACAAAUUCUCUCUAACCAACAAGCUUGUAACUCUCCUUCUGAAGCUCAAAAUGUAGCUACUACGAAAACUCAAAGUGUAGCUCCUUCAAAAGCUCAAAAUGUAGCUACUAUGGAAGAUCAAAAUAUAGCUACUACGGAAGGUCAAGAUAUAGCUACUACGGACUGUCAAAAUAUAGCUACUACAGAAGAUCAAAAUAUAGCUACUAUGGAAGGUCAAAAUAUAGCUACUAUGGAAGGUCAAAAUAUAGCUACUAUGGAAGGUCAUACUACGGAAGGUCAAAAUAUAGCUACUAUAGAAGGUCAAAAUAUAGCUACUAUGGAAAGUCAAAAUAUAGCUACUACAGAAGGUUAUACUACGGAAGGUCAAAAUAUAGCUACUACAGAAGGUCGAAAUAUAGCUACUAUGGAAGAUCAAAAUAUAGCUACUAUAAAAGCUACUAUGGAAGGUCGUACUAUGGAAGGUCAAAAUAUAGCUACUACAGAAGGUCAAAAUAUAGCUACUAUGGAAGAAACCAAUAGUGGCAUGUUAGGUAAACCACAAUAUACAAAUCAUAGUUUUUUCGCACUAGACUAUGAAUUUAAAUCUAUUAGAUUUAACUUUGGUUUAUAUAAAGAGCAUAUAACUAUGUUUUUAGAUGCCGAUGAAGAUAAUUAUUCUAUAGCAACAAAAGUUGCAGAUCGUCCUGAAAUUUUUCAUAUAGCCAAUAUGACAUAUCAAAGUAAACAACAAAGGUGGGAUCAACCUUCUACAUCUCAAGAGUUUCCAUUCAGAGAACAAUCAACAUCAUUACCAAAUCCAGAACCACAGUCAAUCAAGGAAUCGACUUUAUAG